GGCUGGUUCAACGUGGAGAGAGAGGGAUGGAGGCGAGGAGACCCAGACGCCCAUUGGUCUUCAUGGAGACGCACUGCCGGCGCUAUAAAAGCAGGCGGCGCGUCGGAGCGGUUCGGAGAGGACUUCAGCCUUCUUUCAGUCAACUGGACGGUGCGCAUCGCAGGUCCCCGGAAAACCACACAGAAACCUAGGCACACACGCACAGAGCGCGCAGCCAUGAGUGAGAGACAAGCAUCUGCAUCAAUGACUGGAAACAGCAAACCAUCUGCUGGCCAAGAUGAGAAGACCAAGAACAACCUCCCCCAGGACUUCGACAUCGAUAUGGACAACCCGGAGACGGAGAAGGCCGCCGUGGCCAUCCAGUCGCAGUUCAGGAGAUUCCAGAAAAAGAAGCAGGAUGUGAAGUCCUAGAGUGAAGCUUCGUCCACAGCAACGUCACUCAAUGUGGUUGUGCUCUUGCAUGUCAAUCAAAUUGCACCAUCAUGAACUGAAAAGGAAGGGUGAGGGAAUGGUUCCUAAAGGUGGAGAGUUAGGUGUUGGGAUGGUUUGGGGCUAAAAAGUAACUAUGUGAUAGUUUAUAUGUGAUUACAAACUUAUAAUGACAUGAUAUGGACAAAUUAUACAUCUAAUUCUGUCUAUUCUGUGUGUUUAACUCUUUCCUAUGAUUUAAGUGUUUCUGUUUACUUCAAUGAAACAGCAAAGCUGCAUUAAUGUUUAUAUACCCAUUUUAGCAACAAAGUAAAUUGGUAUUCUCAUGAAUUAGUCUUAGCAGCGUCUUAAUCAAUGGAUCUUUCAACUCUGCUGUUAAGAUUUCCCUACAGCUAGCUCAAAUUGUUCUAUACAGUGGCCCGUGCUUUCCCUGUAUGACUGAUGCUUUUAAAAUCCAAUGAAUGUCUUAUUUGUAUUGAAAUAUCGGAGGUCAUUUUUUCAUCACUGCUUUUCAUCUGAUGACAUGAAACUCUCUGAGCUGUGUAUCUUUAUAGAUGUUGAGCUUGUGAAUUUUGUUGCUUUUGUUCUUGUUCCAAAGUUAUUUAAACCACUUCAUUGUUCAGUUGCCUCACACAUGUGAAACUGUGCAAGCACACACACAAACACACACACACACAAACACACACACAAACUUAUGCAUGCAACCCAGAAGAAAUACACACUCACAAAUAAAGACAUAACAUGGGAGUGCAA